GGCCGGAGAGCCUCCAGCCGCCCAAGCCACAUAAGGCAAACAUAUGUAUGUGGAAAUAUUUAGAUGUUCAUUCCAUGGACCUCGUCAAUAAUACUGGAACAACUGAUGAAUUGAAAAGGCUCCUCUCUGACCUCUUUGAUCUGAAGGAUUUUGAAUCAAAUCCUCGCUCUGCUAUCUUGUUAGAUUUGUACUUUUACACCAUCCAGUUCAGCCGGGAGCAGGGCUUCAACCGGGAACAAACCGCUGCUUUCUUCUCAAUUGUGAAGGAUGUGCACGAGGCCUGUGUGGAAACACCGCUGCCCAACGUGGAGGAAUGCUACAAAUAUUUCUCCGAACUCCUGUUCUGCCACUCCAUUCGGAGACCCCCCUUCAGCAUCGACCUCUUCAAUCAGGACCAGCUGGUGCUCCUCACCGACUACAUGAUUAACACUUACUUUCGUCACUACAAACUUUACAAGUAUGCUUUCACCCCACAGGUGAGGCUGGACAUCUCAUUCACCUAUAUUGGGAUGCCUGAACCAGAGCCCAAAGAGGAAGGAGCUACAGCUGAGAGCGCUGAAAUGGGACUGUCUCCUUUACAAGAGGAAUUGGAAGAAGCUGGGGCUCCUGCAGAAAGUCCCACGUCUGCACUGCGGGACUUCAUUGUCUCACAGCUCAACCAGGAGUUAGCCCAGCUGCGCCUUUCCGUCGACCAGCGUCUAAAAGCCACAGAGGACCAGUUUAACGCCAAGUUGAACCAGGUGGAGAAAGGUUCUGCUGCCAGCAAGGGGGCUGCCAAGGGCAAGAAGAAGUAAGCAGAUUAGGAAGGCUGGGGCGCAA